GUCCACUCAAGCCGCAGCCGCAGACAUGGACGAGGAGACCCACGUGGCAAAAACACACCACCACCAUGGGCAAGACCAAAGAGCUCACCUCUGGAGACCUGCACCAGAAUCAGCUACAAGUCCACCAGUGAGACUGUAGACCUGGACAAGACCGGAAUAUGCUACAAGCCCACCAGCAAGAAUGUAGACAUGCACAAGACUGGAAUGGGCCACAAGUCCACCAGGAAGAAUGUAGAACCGCACAAGACGGGAAUACGCUUCAAGUCCAACAGCAAGAGAGUAGACCUGCACAAGACCAGAAUGCGCUACAAGUCCACCAGUAACACUGUAGACUUGUACAAGACUGUAAUAUGCUACAAGUCCACCAGUAAGACUGUAGACCUGUACAAGACUGUAAUAUGCUACAAGUCCAACAGUAAGAAUGUAGACCUGUACAAGACCGGAAUGAUCUACAAGUCCACUAGUAAGACUGUAGACCUGAACAAGACUAAUAUGCUACAAGUCCAACAGCAAGAAAGUAGACCUGCACAAGACCAGAAUGAGCUACAAGUCCACUAGUAAGACUGUAGACCUGCACAAGACUAAUAUGCUACAAGUCCACCAGCAAGAAUGUAGACCUGUACAAGACCAGAAUGAUCUACAAGUCCACUCGUAAGACUGUAGACCUGUACAAGACUGUAAUAUGCUACAAGUCCAACAGUAAGAAUAUAGACCUGUACAAGACCGGAAUGAUCUACAAGUCCACUAGUAAGACUGUAGACCUGAACAAGACUAAUAUGCUACAAGUCCAACAGCAAGAAAGUAGACCUGCACAAGACCAGAAUGAGCUACAAGUCCACCAGUAAGACUGUAGACCUGCACAAGACUAAUAUGCUCCAAGUCCAACAGCAAGAAUGUAGACCUGUACAAGACCGGAAUGAUCUACAAGUCCACUAGUAAGACUGUAGACCUGCACAAGACUAAUAUGCUCCAAGUCCAACAGCAAGAAUGUAGACCUGUACAAGACCAGAAUGAGCUACUAGUCCACCAGUAAGACUGUAGACUUGCACAAGACUAAUAUGCUCCAAGUCCAACAGCAAGAAUGUAGACCUGUACAAGACCAGAAUGAGCUACGAGUCCACCAGUAAGACUGUAGACCUGCACAAGACUAAUAUGCUACAAGUUCAACAGCAAGAAUGUAGACCUGUACAAGACCAGAAUGAGCUACAAGUCCACCAGUAAGACUGUAGACCUGCACAAGAUCAGAAUAUGCCACAAGUCCACCAGCAAGUGUGUAGACCUGUACAAGACCAGGAUGGAGUCCAAGUGAUGCAGUGCCUGACGAUGGUGAUAUGCGGCUGUCAGGAGGCCUCUGUCUCCCGGUCCUGACGUGUCUCUGAUACGCCCUGCUGUGAGGCAGUGUCUCACCAACACACACACAGCCCAGGGCGACCUGUCCGUCCGUCAUGUCAUACAGACUCACUUGACAGUGCAGCGUGUGUCCGUCACCCUGCAGGCCGCCGCCACCACUGCCACGUCCUAAUUGCAAUCACCUGGCUCGGCUGUCUGGCAGCACCUUCUCCUCCUGACAGGAAGAGCAAUGAAGGGCACAAUGUGUGUCCAACGAAUCAACCCUGUGGGUCCGGGGUGUCCCCUCCGCAAAAGGGAGAAGAGGGAGAGAGAGCGAGAGAGAGAAGAGAGAGAGAGGCAGCGAGAGAGAGAGGGAGAGAGAGAGAGAGACAAUAGUGAGGUGGAAAGGAAGUGGAUUAUCUUCCUGUCCUUCAUCUCCACCAUCUCCAUCCUCCGAUGGACCGCUAGCAGCCGUCCUCUCUCCAUUGUCUCCCCAUCCAGGAUCUCCUCCUCUUCCUCCUCCUCCUCCUCAAACCAUCCGCCGUGCCGUUCCUCAUCUCCAUGCCGUGUCACUUGGCCCACAAAGUUGGUGCUGAAGCUGCAACAUCCGGCAGGAAAAUGACGUCUGCUGGAGCAUAAAGACUUUUACUCCAAAAUACUGACAAGGAAGCUGAGUCCAAAGAGAGAAUUUUCAAGAUGAUGCUCAGUCCGGACCAGGCCGAGGCGGACCUCUCGUGGACUCAAUCCGACCCGGAGACGCUGCUGAGCGGCCUGAAGUCGGCCGGUUGCUCGUCGGAGGAUCCGGCCGAGGAGGGCGAGGAGCGGUCCGCCGGCAAGCACCGGGCCGAGCAGCCGCUCAGCCGCGAGGAGAAGCGGCGACGGCGGCGGGCCACGGCAAAGUACCGCUCGGCCCACGCCACCCGGGAGCGGAUCCGGGUGGAGGCAUUCAACGUGGCCUUCGCGGAGCUCCGCAAACUGCUGCCCACUUUGCCCCCCGACAAGAAACUGUCCAAGAUCGAGAUCCUCAGACUGGCAAUCUGUUACAUCUCCUACCUGAACCACGUGCUGGACGUCUAGACCGCCCUCCACGUGAGGCCUUCACGUGCUCAUCAGCAGUAUUUCUACACCGUGCUCCGCGUGCGGCCCGGGGCCACGUGCAGCCCGCCGCCACUUUCCCGUCGGCCCUCCGAACAAACACAAUAAAAGUCCCCUUAAAGUCUUCACGACGCUUGUUAUGACAUGAUUUAUCCCAACUUCCCUGCUUUUGACGUGCUGUUCUCACAUAUCCUGCACCUUUUGUUGAUUUGUCGGCGUGGAGGGCCGGGCUGUGUUGGCAAAGGGGACCAUCUAGCGCUGCUUUAGACUUCUAGCUUAGACGAAAAACGCAUACAGUAAGUGCCACUUAUGACGUAUGAAAAUGUCACCUUAUUGUUCUUGGUCGUGUUUCCUCCUGUCUUGCUAUUUAUGAAGAGUUCUUAUUUAUGUAUUUAUGUUUCUAUCUCUUUCCGAUGGCACUUUCUGUUCUCUGUCUUGACGUGCGUAUUUAUGAUCAUUAUGCUUUCCGCUCCGUCGUCCCUCAGUAGCAACGAUAAGCACUUGAAGAUGUGGUACACGCCAUUUCAUUUGGGACGCGACGUUUUUGCUGAUUAUAUCAUAUCAUCAUCAUCAUCAUCAUAUUUGGGUGUGGUUGUGAUGAUGUGUUUUUGUCUGGUUUUUCUAGUAAUAUCCAAAGAUCUGUUUGUCUCUUCAGGGUCGUGCACAUCCUUUUCUAGUCCAGAUAUUCUUGCUUUCUAAAGGACACACUUUUCAUAUUUUCAAUUAAAAUGGACAUAUCGGG